AACAAAAUGUCAACCUCCGAAUCCAUCCCCAAACUCCUCGACUCCUUCACCGAAACAUGGUCGCCCCGCCUCGUCGCCGCAAUCAACGACCACCACGUCAAGGUAGCCAAGCUCGACGGCGAAUUCAUCUGGCACGCGCACCCCAACUCGGACGAGCUCUUCUACCUUCUCUCCGGCAAACUCACCAUUGAGCUCGAGGGCCGCGAUGACGUUGUGAUGCAGGUCGGGGACAUGUUUGUCAUUCCAAAGGGCCUCAGACACAGGCCUGUUGCGAAAGAGGCGUCUGUCAUGUUGAUAGAGCACGAGUCUACGGUGAAUACCGGGGAUGAAACCGAUUCAGAGAGGACGAGACAGAUUAAGGAUGUUCGUGGGCAGAACUGAGAUGGACUGGUUAUAGAAGCUUCG